GCAUCAUUACAUGCCGCGUUUUAAAAAGGAACUGCGCUCAACUUUUGCAGGACAGAGGGGGCUCUCUGCAGGGCAGAAAGGACACUUAAAUCUGGACUAACCACAAGCCCUGUGUUUUAGGUCACUUUUUUUGUUUUCUCUUUAUAAUAGCCACAACAGAUAUGACAGCAACUAUCGUUCCUCCUUUCUUAGAAUACAUCGAAGUGAACAAGAACAAUAAGAUGUUGAACUACAACAACAACACUUUCGGCGGGCACCAUAACAACGGCUCCUCCUUGCUGGACAGGAAGGCGGUGGGGGGCAGUGGGCUGUUGCAGCACUGUGACUCGGUCACCCUUCCCAAUGCUAAAUUCAACCAGAACCAGUUCAUCAACAGUCUGAAGGUGGACCCCUUCUCGCUCCUGAUCGGUGGUUGCGGCAGUAAAAACAAGGAGAACUGCUUCCGAGAUCGCUCCUUCUCAGAGACCGGGGAGCACCUCAAGCCGGGUAGUCAGCUCCAGGGUCUCGGCAUCGGACAGAGCCAGAGCCAGCAGCAGGUCAACUCCAGCCGCUAUAAGACGGAGCUGUGCCGACCCUUCGAGGAGAAUGGCUCCUGCAAGUACGGUGACAAGUGCCAGUUUGCCCACGGCAUGCAAGAACUGCGCAGCCUGAGCCGCCACCCCAAGUACAAGACAGAGUUGUGUCGCACCUUCCACACUAUGGGCUUCUGCCCCUACGGCCCGCGCUGCCACUUCAUCCACAAUGCAGAGGAGCGCCGCGGCCCACCGCCACCCCUAUCCACUUUCAACAAGAUUGAGCGCCCUCGCCUCCAGCACAGCUUCAGCUUCGCUGGCUUCCCCAGCCAGGGCGGUCUGCAGGUCAGCCCCACCUCGGUCACCCCGCCACCUAUCUCCACUGAUGAGGACAUGAGUGACUGGCCCAGCAAACCCUUCACCUACACCAGCCAGGAGCUGGCCAACCUGUUCGGGCCCAGCUUAGGGGGGGGGCUCCCUGUCUUGGAGCCUGGUCUGCUGACCCCGGCAACGCCCUCCCCCACCGCCCCCUGCUUCUUCCGGCCCAUGUCGGAGUCUCCCGCCAGUCCCCCGGACUCUCUCUCAGACCUGGAGGGCUACCAGAGCAGUCAGAGUGGCUCGGAGUCUCCCAGCCUGGACGCCUCACGCCGCCUGCCCAUCUUCAGCAGGCUCUCCAUCUCUGAUGAUUAGUGUCUACAACCCCCCCUCCCCCCAUGAUCCCGUCCCUCACCUUGUUUACAACCCAGAAGUGGACAUGGUAGUUCUAUGCAGCAGUGUUGCCACUUAGUCCAUAAAUCAAAAUGCAGAUUUCCCCCUCUGCUCCCCCCCUGUCCUCCUCAUCUCAGAUGAAUCUGAUUAGCCAAUGAACAGAGGUGUCUUUUAUUUUACCCAAAUGGUCACUAAAGAAUCGCGAUAUGUAGCAGUUAACAAUGAGAACACUAGUUCAAGACAAGUCGUCCUUGGGUGAAGGGCUACCAUAAUGGUGAAUGGUAGAGAUGGAUCAGAACAUGUCAGGAGUCCCCUCCUGUUUUGGUGUGUAGUAGUUCUGCAUAUUGUCACGUGACCAUUGCUGCCUGUGCCACAGCUAGCUUCAAACCUCUCAUCCUUCUACGCCUCGAGGAUUUGUGACAAAUCAGUGCUCCAUUUACAAUGGGUCACCUUUCUCUUAAAAUUAAACCAGCAAAAAUAUUAUUGGACAAUCAGUUCUGAUGAAGUGCCUUGGUGAUGUCUGAUCAAUGUGUACCAAGACAUCUGUGGGACUACAAUGGUUUUACUUUUAAUGAUCCCACGUUUUUUCCUGACCCUCUAUUUUUGAAUUGUGUAAUUUUUGGAUAUGGGGACUAGACAAACGCACAGAUGGCUUUUGUUUAGAAUCGGGGUGGGAAGAAUUAACAUUUUAUUUUGGUGCUGGUAUGUGCUCUCUGGCACCAUGACGACAACCCCUAAGAAUAAUCUGUGGUGCCCUUAGAAAAUGUCUCUUUGUAGUCGUGUUGAAGGUCGGAGGAGUAGGACUGUUCAUAUGAGUAAACUCUGGCCAAUCAAUAUUAAUAUUUGAUCUUGGCCUGUCCUCUGUCUCCCAGGACCCCCCACCACCCAGGUUAAUAGCUGGCUGAGAGGACCCCUCAGUCUCCACUGUCAAAAAUCUGAGUGAAAAGCUCUUUCAUUAAUUCCACCUUGUUCAACAGUAUAUUAUUAUAGUUUAGUUUGUUUUAAAGACCUUGAGGUUUUUCCUUGUCACUGAUUAUUUAACUUAUCAGAAUGUAUUUAUUGCUGAUCUUAAAGGCAUUUUUUUGUAUUUAUCUUGAUAAUGAAACAAUAGAAUAUAUUUUCUUUUAUGUUAAAUUAUGAUCUUCUGUAUUGAUUGAAGUUUUUUUUUUCUUCCACAGUUAAUAUAUUAUACAGCAAUUACUUUUUUCUGUUUUGUAACUACACUUUGAUUUAUUUAGAAAGUUAAUCUUAAUUGAAACAUAUUUUUGUUGUAUUUAUUGUUUUUCCCCUUCCCUGAUGUUUUGAACUGUGGUUCUAUCCUAAUCCUCCUUCCAGUUGUGGAUUGCAGCAGCUCUCCAAGGUUCUCUAGAAUGCAGAAUUGGGCUUCAGUCCUCUUCCUGUUAUUUCACUUUCUUUUGACCAGGACAAACAUUAAUUUUAGUAUUUAAGUCACUCUUAGCCUGUAUAACCAGCGUUUUUCUGCUGCUAAUGACAAAUGGAAAUGUCUUGAAUUAGUUAAUUAUGGACGCUUGCAUAUUCCACAAUGCCAUGAACCGAUUUAUUAGUUGUUUUUUUUGCCAAAUAAGGUGAUGUUUUGGUCAUGUUUGUUGUUGGACCAGUCAUUCCCAUUUAAGUACCUACAUUCCAGGUAUCCCCAAGCAUUGUGCCUUUAUCACACGUUUUACAACACGGAGCAGAUUUAAGCCUAAACCUCUUGUAGUGGAAUAAAGCUUAGCAGGGUUGACAUCAAUCAACAGGUGAAUGUAUUCUCUUUUUAGCAGCUGUUGCUGUUCUCUACAUUCUUCUUCAUUCUCAUGUAUUAUUCUUCUAAUGACAUAUUGCAGUUUAAACUUUAAACCAAUAAAACUCAUUUCUAUUGAA